AUGAAGUCGGCAGCGAGCUCGCGCGGGGGUGGCCGCGGAGGCUGGAGCGGAGGCUGGGGCGCAGGGCGCGGCGGCGGGAGCAAGGGCGGCGGCGGGAGCAAGGGCGGUGGCGGCGGUGGAGGCGGCGGAGGCGGAGGUGGCAGCAGCGGCUCCGGGGGCAAGGGAGGCUUCGGCACGCGAACACGCGGCUUUGGCGGCGGCGGAGGCCGGGGCCGGGGCCGCGGUGGCGGCGACUGCAGGGACCGCAGUGGCGGUGGCGGUGGCGGAGGCGGCGGCGGGCAGCGUCGCACUGUGGCCAAGAACAAGAACCGCCGCAAGAAGGGCGCACACACCGUGUCGGUGGAGCCGCAUCGGCACGAGGGCGUGUUCAUCUACCGCGGGGCGGAGGACGCGCUGGUCACGCUCAACAUGGUGCCCGGGCUCUCGGUGUACGGAGAGAGGCGCGUCACGGUGACCGAGGGCGGCGUGAAGCAGGAGUACCGCACCUGGAAUCCCUUCCGCUCCAAGCUGGCCGCCGCCAUCCUGGGCGGCGUGGAUCAGAUCCACAUCAAGCCCAAGUCCAAAGUGCUGUACCUGGGCGCCGCCUCGGGCACCACGGUGUCCCAUGUCUCUGAUAUCAUCGGCCCGGACGGCCUGGUCUACGCCGUCGAGUUUUCCCACCGCGCCGGCCGCGAUCUUGUCAACGUGGCCAAGAAGCGCACCAACAUCAUCCCGGUCCUCGAGGACGCCAGGCACCCGCUCAAGUACCGCAUGCUCAUCGGGAUGGUGGACGUGAUCUUCGCCGACGUGGCGCAGCCAGACCAGUCGCGCAUCGUGGCCCUCAACGCGCACACCUUCCUGCGCAACGGGGGCCACUUCCUCAUUUCCAUCAAGGCCAACUGCAUCGACUCCACCGCGUCCGCCGAGGCUGUGUUCGCAUCGGAGGUGAGAAAGUUGCAGCAGGAGAACCUGAAGCCGCAAGAACAGCUGACAUUGGAGCCCUACGAGCGGGAUCACGCGGUGGUCAUCGGGGUCUACCGGCCCCUUCCCAAGAGCAGCAGCAAGUAGUAUCCGCAGCAGUGCUUGCCGGCUGCCAUCGCCCCCCAGGGCUGUGGCUCUUCAGCUUUCUGCUGUGUAUGUGUCUCCGUUGUGUGUCUUGUUUUGUUGUUGUUUUCUAUUAAACGGCAUCAACAAAC